AUGCCUGCCAUAUCCAAGGAUGAUACCCCCCAGGUUUCCUUUGAGGAGUUUGCGACCAAGUAUCGCCAAAGCCAGCGCAAACAAGUCCAAAGGAGCCGGUUGGAACAGCGCUUGCGCGCAACCAAGGUUUCCAUCGGGGUCUCCGCGCGUAUGAUCCGUAUUGGAAAUACUAUGCAGCGAGGCCUUGUAGAAGCUCUCAAACAUGAUGACAAGGCCAAUUUUAUUGCGCUAUAUCAUAUGCUGUAUGAUCUUCAGGAAUCCUGUGUCUGUGUCUCCAACGACCGAUAUGGCAACCAUUGUGAAUCCCCGGAUGGCCAGGAUUCUCCCCCGGAAGCCGAUUUGGACCAUUCCUCGGAUUUCUUUCAUCAAUUAAGCCCCCAGUCCCAAGGAGAUCUGUUAGAGAUAUUACAACUGGUUCGAUUUAACCCACAGUUCCUGGUGGAUCGUCUCUGCAGUUUUACCUCAGCCCAACUGGCCGUAUUGACCACACCUGCAGCCCUCUUGGAUAACAAUGACCCGGCUUUUCUUUCUUCGUCUUCCUCUCCUCGCCAUCAGGGUCAGUAUUCAUUUAAUCGCAAUUCGGCCCAGUCUGCCCCAUACAAGGACCACAUUUAUGCCUUCGAGAGGACUGAUCCACUUUCUAUUUUGCUUUAUAACGUUUAUGCCGCCCCAAUGGAGCCCGAAACACCGGAAGCCCAGUUACGCAUGGAAACCUGGUCUUCUGUCUGUGCACAAUUAAUAUCCACUGGAAGCAAUAAAUUCCAUCCUCUUAUUAGCCAGAUCUUGUCCUCCUGGGCUGCUGGUAGUAACUGGAAAGCACGCCCCAAAUUUGAACUGUACCUCAUGGAUAUCUUGCAAACCGGAGCCUUCCUCUUGGAACAUGUAGAUGCCCCCGUGGGAUUGGACUUUGCCGAGCCUUUGGAUCCAUUACGAACGGAUGUCGCAGAGGAAUUCUUCAUUUCUGCCGUGGAUGAGCUGUUCCGUGUCCUUGACGAUCCAGAUAGUGGCUUCCCUUGUGCCGUCCUUCAGUUUGCCAAGGCCGUCUUAAGGAAAAUUGAUAACCCUGACAUUCGCAGUCGCUUUCUGGAAUAUCUAUUUUUGCAGUGGUUCUUUCCAAAGUUCCUCUACAGUGCUUUGACUUAUCCCGAGACACACGGUUUACUGCUCGAUUUCCACAUUCGCAAGGAUGCGCGAGACAAAUUGCUCAAUCAGGUCGGCUUGCGGGCGUAUUCUCAGGUUUUCGCUGCAUUGCGCUCCAUGCACCAUUUCUCGAUUCUCCGACACUCAGUUAAGGAGCGUGUCAAUAACAUGCUUGGUCGAUUUGAAAACGUUGUCGCGCCAAAGCCCUCCAUGUCUGAAUCACCUUCAAAUUCACGUCGAAAUCCGUCGACUUUCCUCUUGCUAUCAGCCGCCGAUGUGAACACUCUUUUGGAUGCUCUGUUCCCACAAAAUUUCUCUUCAUUCCAGUCAACUUCAGCCUCGUCCGUGUUCUCGAUAGACUCAUGUUCUACAUCUCCUCUUGACAGUGAUAUUUCGCAAACGGCUGCCAGGAUCCGAUUCGAGCUGACUGACUUGGACGAACCGAGUGAGCAUUCAAAAUUGGAAUACCCUUCCGACGAAUACUGGACAAUCUUCUCAGUGGCUAAGGAUGGCCGGGACCUUACCUGGAGCUUGCUUCCUGCUUGUGAAACCGGGUCAUCGAAAGCAUCCGUGGUCGAUAGUGACGAGGAUACCCAGAAUCUUGGUCUGGAAGAGAACUAUGAGGCCUUACAAACCGCAAUAGUCCGCCUGGUCAAGGAAAACCAUGCCUACGAAUCAUGCAGUUACGACUCCCCCUCAAGACCUUCACUGGCGACUUCAAAGUCGUUGAAGCAGCGCUUUAAUCAGGCUAUGACUUCUGCUACGCAUGAUGAUGACUUUGUUGGAGCUCACUACUGGUGGAACGUGACGCGGCAACUUAAGCAGGGCCAGGGAAGACUCUCUACUUCUUCGGAUGUCGCAGAUGAUUCAUGGAUUCUUGCCCCAAUGCACGACCUGUGCAUUCGCUCGUUAAAAAAAUCACGGGUGGUUGUCGAACGCUGUGAAACAGACUUCGUAGCCCUGGACCAUAGUUUGCGCAGGCUGCAAAUCCAAGUCCAGAACCUAAUGGCCACUUUGUCCAAGGUCCGAAACAAGAUAUGGUAUAUGACAGACGUCAAGAACUCGAUGAGGUACGAGGAGGCCAAGCAUGUUGCCAUGGCUCUCAAGACAAUGAACUCUGCACGGCCCUUGAUGAACCUCCCCGAAGAGCCACGACUACGCAGUACAGCCCGGUCAAUAGGCGGGUCUAUAUUCCAGAAACCCGAGUUACAGGUGAUAAAUGUGAUGAAGGCACCGAGCAGUCAGGGUGGGCCUAAAAAGCUAUCUGACGAACAAGUUGAGCUUACUCGCAAAUGGUUAUCCCACCAUGGCAUUGAAAACUUCUGCAAAGGCGAGGAAAGAAUUCACCGCUUCUGCUACGAGGUACAAACUAGCAUCAAUCACUUGGUGGGUGAGACUAUGGCCGAGACACCAGUGCUAUGGGCCAGUGAACUAUUUCAGCGGGAGCGAGCAAGGUAUGAAAGCUAUGGCGCUCGUUCCUUCCCUGGUUUAUCUAUCCCAACUACACCCCGUCCUUCAACGACUGCGAGCGAGGAUCCAAUGCACAUGUCCCAGUCUAGAUUUUCUCAAGGAGUGCCCUCUCUGAGCAGGAAAUCAUCCAUCCAGAGCUUGCUUUCAGACAAAUGGCGACCCCAGCGAGAUAUGCCUUCUAUGGAUAUGAGCUCCAUCGCAGGGUCCCCUGGUCGUGCCCCGUCUAUAUCCACGGCAACCAGCGAUACCUUGAGUACUUUCUGGUCCAAGACACAGCGUCACCCUAUUUAUGCUGCCAGUGUUUCAAGUGCAUACUCUAGACCCCCCUCCAUGUUCAGCAAGAGCAUAAACCAUCAACCUCGCCACAAUGAACGCAAGUCCCAAGGCAAAGCAGCACAGGGUAAAACUGCCUUCAUGGAUAAUCUCCGGCAAACUCUCACCAGCCUUUUACUCAGUGAUUUAGGAUCUCCUGUUUGGAGUUGCGGCAGUGAGACAGAUGCGUGGUUCACAAAUACACUUCACCAAAACCGUAUCAAGGUCCAGAUGCAGAAGCGAGCUGCGGUGCACAAAUUCUACGCUGACUAUGAUGAGCGAUCGAAAUAUCUUCGUGAACAACGCCGGUCGUCUGGGGGUCGACGGAGCAGGUCUCUCGACAACCAUAAUGGGCGUGUACGCAUGCAUGAUAAUCCUGCCUUGGGAUAUUCAGAUAGCAAUGAUGGAUAUCCCGAUAGCAGGCGGAGCUCGACCCAGGAGGAGAGCCACAUACCCUUCUCUUACAAAUCUGUCUUCCAUCGGUUGAUUGAAGUGUUCUCGCGACAUGGAAAUCCAUUCGUCAAACUUACUGCGCUUCGAGAUCUGCGCUCGCUAGUAAUAGCCUCGUUGAUUUCAUCUCAAGACACGCCUUCCGCGAAAGUCCGCGCGGCAUCUCCUGAAGCCAACAGGGCGCGAAAGGCUAGUGCCAGGCCGCACCAAAGAGCUGCUCGCCAUAGCUUCUCAGUGAGUGAACUGCCCAUGGGUACUCAGGCGGAUAUGUCCCCACCCAAGUCCGUCACAUGUGGCUCGCGACGGUCAGACCUCCCUACUCCAUCUGAAGACAAAAUCGUGGCUACUCUGCGCGACCUGAUCUUAGAAGUUAAACCGAAGACCUUGUUCCGAGAUCUUCAAUUUAUUUCUGCAUUCAUCCCACCCGACCAGCUGAGUAAUGGAGACCAAGCCACGGCUUUCCUUCAGUUUGGCCUUGCUGCACUCAGCCUGAAGGAUGAAGUAUGCCACAGCAUGGUCGAGAUUGCAGACCGCAUUGUGUCACAAGAGCUUAUGCGCCGCCAUCGACCACCGGGUACAGAUUUCUAUACCCGUUUUAGCCCUGGAAAUACUAUCGAAGAUGCAGCAGCGAUGUGGAUCGUCACUGCCAAGGAAGGAAACCCAGUCGCCCAGCGGGAACUGGCUAUCCUCUACCUCACCCAUCCUGAGAUUCUUCCACGCGUAACACUACCACUUACUCGUCCUCGCGAUACCUUCAAGGCCGAGAUGAUGUAUAUGCGUGGCAAGGACUCAAAGUCAGAUCCACAAAGUAUGUGUCUGGCUCUUCACUGGAUGCAACUAUCUGCCAGUGGAGGAGACAUUCUUGCUCGUAAUCGGCUCCGUGAGCGACAAGAGUUUGAAUCUAUUGCAUGA